CGCUUUUAUGACUUCACCCGCUUGGCGGAUCGUAGUAGCCCCUAUGAGCUGGCGCGGCCUCUCUGCCUCCAGGCCUGGUGGCGGGGAGAGGCAGCCGUUGAUCCCGCGCGGCGGCCGCUGGUGCCGCAGGAUGUCCUGCUUCACGCAAGGCGCGGCCUUCAUCCCCACGCUCCUGGUCUCCUGGUCGUCGGCCGCCUUCAUCGUCUCCUACGCGAUCGCCGUGCUCAGCGGCCAUGUGGAGCCCCUCUUCCCGUACAUCAGUGAUACAGGAGCAAAACCUCCAGAAAGUGGUAUCUUUGGAUUUAUGAUUAACGUUUCUGCAUUCUUAGGUGCAGUUACAAUGUAUAUAAAAUAUUUAAUUGUAAAGAAGCAAAAUGAUGUGACACAUUUUGUUUCCCCUUGUUUCAACUUACUAACAUUAUAUGUUGGAGUUCUGGGUUGUAUUGGAAUGGGCAUUGUUGCAAGUUUUCAGGAGUUAGCAGUUCCUGCCGUCCAUGAUGGGGGAGCUCUUUUGGCUUUUGUCUCUGGUGCUCUGUACAGUCUUCUUCAGACAAUUAUCUCUUACAAAUCACGUCCACAAUGGAGCACUCCAUGUUUGUGUCACACAAGAUUAUUCCUCUCCUUAAUAGCUUGGGUAGCUGUCAUUCCCAUGAUUGCAUGUGCUUCAUUAAUAUCCAUAACAAAAAUAGAUUGGAAUCCAGGUGAAAAGGAUUAUAUGUAUCAUUUUGUGAGUGCAAUCUGCGAAUGGACAGUAGCCUUUGGCUUUGUGUUCUUCUUCUUAACUUUUAUCAGAGAUUUUCAGGAAGUUACCAUACAGAUAUCAACAGAAAUACAUGGAAACUUCUGACCACUUUUUGUUACAGUUAGCUGGGUUUGGGGGUUAUUAAAGAAACUGUUGUAGAGAAAUAGCAAUGGCCAAGGUUGACAUGGCAUGAACCUGAUGCAUCACCGCUGCAAAUUGUGUAAUCAUUGUCAAGAGAAAAUGUCUUUUUAAUUUUAGGGUAUUAAUUUUCUAUUUAACCAGUGUUUGAAUAAUCUUUUGUAUUUUAAAAUAUUUUCAUUUUUAAUUUUUUUUUAAAUAGAGAACCUCUAAAAUAUGUAAUCACUUAAGGAACAAAUGUUCCUCUGCUGUAACAUCUCUUUCCUUUUUAUUCAUUUGGUGAAUAAAGAUGGUCUCAGAAUGAAA